AUGCGAGGGGAUACUUCCGUGCCGACCGCCUCCGCAGAUGCCUGCCUCUUCAUUGCGUCCAUCUGUCGGCGCUGGCGGGAUCUCGCUAAGAGGCACGUCUCGUCGCUGCUGGUAAAGGAGGGCCGCGCCGUGUCUCACCGCGAUGUGCUCAACGCCGUCGCUUUCUUUCCCCGGCUGACCCAUCUGCACCUGGCGGAUUUGAGCGUUGAAUCGCUGGACGACGCGUUUCUAGCUGACCUCGCCUCUUCGUGCCCUUGGUUGAGAGCGCUGCACGUGGGGAUGCUAGCGGUGAAUGGGGGACCGCAUGGAAGCAAUGAGCGCGUGAUCACCGAAUCUGGCUUGGAUAAUUUCUUCCGCCAGUGCGCUCAACUGGAGCAUCUGUCGCUGUACUCAUCCCGUGUGUCCACUCUGCCCGAGAGCUUUGGGGAUCUUCCAGCUUUGAAGGCGCUGGUGCUGCGCCAGCUGCCACUGCUCCGUCUCCCUGCUUCCUUCACCCGACUCGCAUCUCUGGAGUCGUUGCUUCUCGUUGGGUGCAAGGAGCUGCUGGAGCUACCUGCAGGGUUUUGCUGCCUCACAGCACUCCAGACUCUGAGCCUGGCAUGUUCGCCCACCCUGCACCUUCCAGAAGACUUGGGUGCCCUGACCAAUCUGCGAACCUUUGAUCUUCAGGAUAACAGACAAGAGCAGCUGCCGUCCUCAUUCACGCAGCUGGUGUCGCUGACCCGGUUGGAGCUGGACGGGCUGGACAGCCUUAACAAGCUGACGCAGUUGCGGGUGAGGGGCUGUUGCGAGCUGAACGAAGCCCCUCGGGCUCUGCCGCUCAGUCUCCAAGCCUUGUCAUUCAGUAACAAUGAGGAGGUAGCGUCUAUGCUAGACAUUUCAGCACUCACAGGGCUGAGGGAACUGUGCUUGGCCUUUGUGUAUGCAACUCGUCUUGAGGCCAUCAGUGCCCAUCUCCCUAACAUGGAGCACCUGGAACUGGUGCUGGAAGAAGAAGCAGAGAAGUCUCUGUCCCUGCUGGCAAGGCUUCCCCACCUCCGCACCUUGAUGCUCACGGAGGUCGGCAGUGUGAGCAAUCUGGUGGAACCUGGUGGCUCGGCAUUGCAGGAGCUGCAGCAGCUGAACAUCUACACUAGGUCUGAGAGAUUCACAGAGCUGCCUGACGCCAUCACCACUCUCCACCACCUCACAUCCCUUCAGAUCCACGCACCGAAGUUAUCAUCUCUCCCGUACGCCUUUGGGGCAUUGUUAAGGCUGCGCAAGCUGGACUUAUCCUUCUGCUCUUCGCUCGCGCAUUUCCCUGAUUCCCUCACACAGCUCUCUUGCCUGCAUGAGCUGAACCUCUGCGACGCCAGCAUCCACCUGCUUCCUGCUGGCUUUGCUAACCUCAGCAGACUCAAGAAGCUUGAUCUGGAUCAAUGCGAGCAGCUGGAGGCUCUGCCGGGCGACUUAUGUGAUCUUAGAAUGCUUGAUGACUUGAACACUAGGAGCUGCGUGAACGAGGGCGGCAGCAGUGGACGUGUGCUGUACGACUUCAGGACGAGCGUGUGCAGGCUGGCGAGUGCUCCCAUGUCGCCAGCACCAGCCACGCCCUGGGAGGACCUGCAUGCUCCCUGCUGCCGCGCUCACCGAGCGCCUGCCACGCCGCUGCAACGGCGAACGCUGUGUGGGGGCGGCUGCGGGGGUGGCCGUGAGCCUACAGCGCCAGCCCGUUGCACCUGCCGCUUUCGCACAAUGCCCGUCGCUGCACCUGCUGUCGCUGCACCUGCUGUCGCUGCACCUGCUGUCGCUGCACCUGCUGUCGCUGCACCUGCUGUCGCUGCACCUGCUGUCUCUGCACCUGCUGUCGCUGCACCUGCUGUCGCUGCACCUGCUGUCGCUGCAUCAGCCGUCGGCCCGUCGCUGCCUGCUGUAGCCGCCGCACCUGGUGCCGCUAUCUGUCGCCGUUGA